CUCAUCGGCUUGGCCCUCCCCUGCGCGCGCGCGAGCGCUGCGUCGCGUGCCUGUCCCUGCCUCGCCUCGCGCUCGCCUUUCUGAGGCAUUCGCCGCUGCCGCCGCGAUGAGGGAAGGAGCUGCCCGGCCUCGCUGAUGAGCGAGCCCCCUCCUCGCCGCCUCAGACACAAGACUUGCCUUUCCCUUUUUGAGGGAAGCGAUGAGCCAUGAAGCCGCCUGGAAGGAGAAGUCCUCUGCGGCAGACCUCCUCCUCUUCUUCCUCGCCUCGUCUUCCUCCUCCUCCUCCGCUGCCCCGCUCCCUCCGCUGGGCCUGGCUGCUGGCUUUCCUCCUCGGCUGCCUCGGAGGGGUCAUUGCGGACACCGCUCUGCAUUGGAAUGAAACUGCAGAAGAAAGGACUCUGGUGGAUGAAGACACUGCAUUUCAACAGACUAACAGUAGUAGCAGCAAAAAUAAUAGUCAUAGCACUGCAUUCCAAAAAGAAAUCACAUUGCCUUCAAGACUUGUCUAUUAUCUGAACAAAGACUCUGAAAGUCCUUACCAUAUUUUGGAUACUAAGACAAGGCACCAGCAAAAACAUAAUAAGGCUGUGCAUCUGGCUCAGGCGAGUUUUCAAAUUGAAGCCUUUGGCUCCUCAUUUGUUCUUGACCUCUCACUGAAUAAUGAUUUAUUAUCUUCUGAUUACAUGGAGAUUCAUUACGAAGAUGGAAAACCACAAUAUUCAAAGGGAGGAGAGCACUGUUACUAUCAUGGGAUUAUCAGAGGUAUCAAGGACUCCAAAGCUGCACUUUCCACAUGUAAUGGACUCCAUGGUAUGUUUGAAGACAGUAGUUACGUAUACUUGAUAGAACCUAUGGAGCUAAUUCAUAGUAUGACUAAUACAUGUAGACCGCACAUCAUUCAGAGAACAUUAGGAAGAAACAUUUCCAAGCAUUUGGAAGACCCUGAUGAUGACUCUUCUUCUCAACAGUCUUUCCUGUCUGAGCUGCCAUGGCUACGAAGAAAAAAGAGAGCUGCAUUACGUGGUGUGUUCGAAGAAAUGAAAUACCUGGAGCUGAUGAUUGUUAAUGACCAUAAAAUGUUCAAAAAGCAUCGAUCAUCCCAUGUUUUUACGAACAACUUUGCAAAAUCUGUGGUAAACCUUGUUGAUGCUAUAUACAAGGAACAACUAAACACCAGGGUUGUUUUGGUUGCUGUUGAAACCUGGUCAGACAAAGAUCGCAUUAAUAUUCGCCCUGAUCCAAGACAGAUGCUUCAUGAUUUUUCCAAAUAUCGACAGCAUUUCAUCAAACAACAUGCUGAUGCUGUACACCUUCUCUCGAAUGUGACCUUUCAUUACAAAAGAAGUAGUCUGAGCUACUUUGGAGGAAUAUGUUCUGUGGCUAGAGGUGUUGGAGUAAAUGAGUAUGGCCUUCCCUGGGCAAUGGCACAAGAAUUGUCGCAAAGUUUGGCUCAGAAUUUAGGAAUACAGUGGGAACCAGGAUCCAGAAAACAAAGCUGUGACUGCACAGAGCCCUGGGGUGGAUGCAUCAUGGAAGAAACAGGUGUCUACCAUCCUAGAAAAUUUUCCAAGUGUAGCAUUCUGGAAUACAGAGACUUUCUAUACCGAGGGGGAGGUUCUUGCCUUUUCAACAAGCCAACAAAGUUAUUUGACACUACCGAAUGUGGAAAUGGGUAUGUGGAACCUGGAGAAGACUGUGACUGUGGUUUCAAAAUGGAUUGCUAUGCAAACUGCUGUAAGAAGUGCUCACUUUCCAAUGGAGCUCAUUGCAGUGAUGGCCUAUGUUGCAAUGAUACCUGCCUUUUUAUUCCUCGAGGCUCUGAGUGUCGUGAAGCAGUAAAUGAUUGUGAUAUUACAGAGAUCUGUACUGGGGAUUCUGGCCAGUGCCCACCAAACCUUCAUAAACAAGAUGGAUUUGCUUGUGAUUCAAAUCAGGGGCGUUGCUACAAUGGAGAGUGCAAGAGGAGAGAUAGCCAAUGCAAAUACAUCUGGGGACCAAAGGCUUCAGGGUCUCAUAAACACUGUUAUGAAAAGCUUAACACUGAAGGUACAAGCAAGGGAAACUGUGGAAAGGAUGGAGAUAGAUGGAUUCCUUGCAACAAACAUGACGUGUUUUGUGGGUUAUUGCUUUGUGCAAAUCUUGAUGGAACUCCACGAAUUGGUCAUCUUGAGGGAGAAAUCACUCCAACUUCCUUUUUCCACCAAGGUGUGGUAGUGAAUUGCAGCUGUGCUCAUGUGCUUUUGGAUGAUGAAACAGACUUAGGCUAUGUAGAAGAUGGAGCUCCAUGUGGUCCUAACAUGAUGUGCAUGGACAGAAGGUGCCUCUCCAUUCAGUCUCUGAAUAUAAGUAGCUGCCCUGUUGGUACUAAUGGAAAAAUUUGCUCAGGACAUGGGGUAUGCAGUAAUGAAGCCACAUGCAUGUGUGACAACACUUGGGCAGGCACGGAUUGUAGCAUGUUUGACCCAAGAAAGAAAGAAGAGGCAGAGAAACCUAGUGGACCAAAGGAAAUGUCAAGAAGAGAAGAUAUGAUCCAAAUAAUUCAGGUAUCUAAGGAAGCCAUUGGAAGAGCUUUUCGGUACAUCACUGGAUUUGGGAUAUGGUGGCUUUUUGUAGCAGCUGUGCGGAAAAUAUAUCACUGCAGCGGAAAAUUGAAGCAAAUCAUUUGCUACAAACUGCAAAUUGGGUUAUUUAUGAAAGGGCUGAAGGAAAGCUAUCCUUUUUGGAGAUUCAAGUUCAAGAACUCGCUCCAUUCGUUUCCCUUUUUUUUUUGUUUUAGGAUGUUAGGGACAAGACAGAUGUUAUAAAUGAACUAUUUUGACCUAACUUUUCUUUUUUAAAAAAUAAAACAAACCAACCUAAGAACGGAAUGAACAAAUCAAGUGCAAUAAGAGAACUGUUUCAAAACAUUCAAAUAGGUAAAGAAUUUCUUAACUGAUAACUUGCGUUCGCAUGACCUUUUAAUAUUAAUGACAGACUGCAGUGGCAUGAUAAGCUAACUUUUGAAACGGUAAACUGCAUGGCAUAUACACAGCAAACAAGCUAACCAGCUGACCCCAAGCAAAAUCUUCAUACCAAGGAAACAGUAAAAACCAAAUGUGACAUAGGAAAAUUGAUUCUGGGUUCUUAAGAAAUCACAUUCCACCACUGCGACACAUAUUGUUCUUUGUGCGCUGUAAUGCCUUUUCUAAAAUAUGUAUUUGUCAUUCUUGGUUUCCUUUUUGGACAAACUUCUUUGGAGUGUGGCAAGCUGUGCCAUGAUGUAUGUUUUUCAGUUUGAAAUUAAGACAUUGUUGUCAUUACUCUCAGAUUCUUUCCAAAUUACUCUGGUGUAACAUUUUAUUUAAAGGUUUUGUUCUGUAUGCAAUUAUAUCUCCUUCAAGUUUUUCUUUCUGUUUAACCAUUUAAAAAAAUAUCAUGGUGUAUAGUGGAGGUUUUGGGCUUGCUCUAAAGAGGCAUUCCGCAUGCAGACACAGGAAAUUCCAAUAGAAAGCAGACAUGCUUCUAAAAUUUGUAUGCUUGAAACCAAAAAAAACAAAAACCCCAAACCCAACAACUCCUAAUCCUUCCAAGACUUAUCCAUAUGUGUAAAUGCAUAUGUAUGCAAUGAGUUUUCCUCUUUCCAGAUGCAUUAUUUGCUGUCAUGCAGAUAUUUUGUAUAUAUUGUAAGAAGUUGACACCUUCUCAAAUUAAUCACAAAAGUGCCAAGCUUUUAACUUUUUAUUUUUACCAUCUGUUUUCCUUUCUCUAAACAUUGUACGAAAGGAAAAAAAGCCUAAAUAAGCCUUAAUACUCAUAAAUGCUGAGAGCUUUUAAUAGGUUAAGGCUUUCCCAUGUAUUAUUUUAUAGUCCCCAGCACCCCCCCCCUCACCCCACCUCCCAGAUUCACCUUUCUGAUCAGUUUGUAAAAUAAUCUAAAUACUCUUUCCUUUCUGAAUUUAUUUUAUAUCAUAUUGAUCUUUUAAAGCACAGCCUCGAAUGUUACUUCCUAAACUACUUGUGGUUACUAUCACAGCUCAGUCUAUUUAACAAAACAAAGGAGAAUAUGAUCAUUUACCCAGUAGCACUUCUUCAUGCUUAAACAUGAGAGUGGAUUUAAAUACCCAUUUCUUUCUCUUUGCCCCUCUUAAACCUCUGAGCCAAGAUAAAUUUGGCCAUCUUUAUCUAGAAUAAAUGUGAAAAGCAACAAUUGUGAUAUUAGCAUAUUACAGUGAGUGGGAUGACAAACAAAGUGUGCCUGUAUGGGUACACAUCUGCAGAGUAGUUGUGUAUGGCAUUUCUGCUGAAGUCUAAUUCAACAUCCCACUGGUAGCUCCAAAAACUGUACUUAGAGGUUUUCCGUCCCUGGUAGGAAAUGGUGUCAGCGGCAAGUCAUUCUGCAUUAAGCCUAUCAUGAUUUUCAACUUCCAGCCACAUCGUGUCUCAGCCUGAUCUCAUGCAACUGACCCAUAUGGCAGAGCUUUCUUCCUCUCCUCCAGCCUUCUGUCCUUAAAAAGCCUCAAACCAACUCCAGUGGUUCCCAGCCCUCUGGAGUAGAUUGGGAGGUCGCUCGAAAAGCCAUUCUUUUAGCAGGAAUACCCCUUGGAUCCUAGCCUGGAUGGUGUCCCUGUUUUUACAUUUAACUGUAGAGUAAAACAGAAUCAAUUCUUUAAAAUAUCUUCCUCAAGUUAUCUUCUCAGUUGUGUAUUCUCAGUUGGAGCCAUUCCCAUUACAAAAGCGGUGUAAUACUUUGAGGGCAAGGCACAGCUAUCUAGCUGAUGGCAGUUCUCACAUAAUCCUCUUCAUUGCUAAAUAGUCACUACAUUAUGCGUAAAUAAUGACAUGGGAAAUAGAAUCAAAAUGCUCUGAUACAUCUAGAUCUGAUUUUGAAGGUAAUGUAUUUUACUUCCUUUCUCCACCAAAAAAACAUUGUAUCUGAGACUCUAAAAAUAAUAUAUAUGCUUUUGAUAAAUUCCUUUUCAAAAUGUCUUCCUACAUGAUAUUGGCUUGUAGAACUAUUUUGCUGAAAGCAACUUCACAUUUCAAUAUAUUUGGGAAAAUUAUAUCUGAAUAGGUGCUAAGGUCUCCUUUUAUGUUAUGUUCUGGGAGUGAUGUGGUAACCACAGUAGGUAAUGCCAUUGAAUAUGGUUACAAAAAAUCAAAUUGUUGUAUUUUGAAAAGAAAAAAAUCUUGACAUUAUUCACAAAACAUUGUAAAUGUGCGAUGUGAUAUUUUAAUUAGACCACACUGGUCCCCAAUUAUGUACAUAUGAUAAGGGUUGGUGUAACUUUUUGUUACACUAGAGGUUUCAUAAGAAAUAUAAUUUCUUGUCUAAAUUUCUCCUCUGCUGUUCUGUUAUGUGUAUGUGUGUUUAAAACACACAGACUUGUAUAGAAUGUAAAUGACCACGCAACCACAUAGUUCACGGGAAUGGAUUAUAACAUUUUCUGUGGUACUACAGUUAAUGUACCCUGUUAAAGCCAAUAUUUAUUUUUUAAGUCUUCAUUUACCACAUUUUGUAGAGAACACAUGCUUCUUAUUUUCUUUUAACCACAAUCAAUGUCAUGUUAAUGGUGUUUAACAAAAUAAAUGUUAUGUUUCCAUUUCAGUCACUUUAGUUUUAUUUCAUUGAAAAGAAUUCAUCUUGACAGAAAAAUGUAUGGAAAUUUUAUAUAGCUUACGUUGAUAUGCUGCAUGAUCCCACUGAAUUGAGCAAAUUCUUUACUAAUGGGAAAUCUCCACUACGCAGGUUAACAAAAAUAUAUCCUAGGUGCAUGUUAAAAUAAAUUACAUAGAACUGAAGUUUUACAAAGUUUUCUUUACUAUGCAAUUAUAGGUAUUGCACAAACUAAAAAAAUUCAAAGACAAAUGUCUGAGGAACUUUACAAAAUAAUACUUGAAUUUAUUUUUGAUGUAAGAAGCUAUCAAUCAUUUUCUAUUCAUUGUUGCUUUCACUCUUAAUCUUCCUUUAAAAUUAUUUGUAAUUAUUUUUGAAGUGCACAAUAUGACAAAUUCACUUUUGUUUACAGUUGAUACUCAUUCAUUUCUUGUUGGCUGCUGAUGGAUGAAAAUUCAGUUGUCGUUCUGCAUCUUAGUAAAUGAGUAUUAAAAACUUCAUGAACAUGGAAAGUUACAA